ACACUGCAGAGGGAUGCGAGCAAUUACAGAAGUAUUUAAUAACGGCGGCCAAUCGUCCUCGGCGCGAGCACGACCCGAGGAAGGAGAAAAGAGGAUGGUGAGGGAACUUGGGCAAUCUGGAAGCAGCGGAAUCGGAGUUCAGGUGGCGGACAGUAACGCCGGUACGAGGUCUAUAAUGGGCAUGCAUGGUCCGCAUAAUUUGCAUACCAAUGACGCCAGUUUUUUCUUGAAGCCUCAACAUAAAGAAAACGACAGUGAGCAACUAUCUGUAACGUUAAGAACAAAAUAUUGUGUCUGCGAAAUGUAUCUCGAGAUUCUUCAUUGGCUCUUCAAGUUCGACGGAAUUUGCGGGGUUAAUGAAGAACCAAAAUUUCGAUUUUCGGGCGCCCUCGAUAGACUGUGCGUUUAUGUGUAG